CUUGCGGUCAGACUUUCCCGUGAGCGAGGUAAUAUGACUGUCAUCCAUGGCCAUCAUUGUCUGGCUUCACUUUCUUCGACAAGAGCAUGAUGAGAGUACAAACGAUCAGAGGAAAGAUCAAAUAUUCUCGGAUUGUCAUAAUAGUCAUUCUUUUGCCCAAUGCUCUCUUUCGCGAUCCCCUCGCUCUUUCUCUGUCUGCCUGGUAACGCUUGAUACCAGCCCAGGUGCAAACCAACCCACCGCACCGGGUAUGGGUAAUCUAUCAGUCAUGAGAGGAUAUUUUUUUCCACACCUACGAUUUUCCCUGCUCACAGACCAUUCCAUUUAUUAUGGCACUUCCCAUUCUUUUCUUCUCCCCUUUUCCCUUGCAACCGCCACCCCAAGUCUUAUGACUGACCACACAGCCUUGCUGGGACUUUCCGUCCUUUCAAAUAUGAUGGGAACCCUGGCUACUGUCAGCGUCACCAUCUUCUGGUACACUCCCCGGACAAGUCUAUUGUUCUGGCGUUGGCCCCGAUCACGAACCGUGAUGAGCAACGCAUGCAUGAGUUGUCCUAGGCGGUUUUGCUUGCCCGAAACUACGACAGGCAGGUUGACCGACAAUGUUCAUGGCAGCUAAAAUGAUCCACAUUCAGGUGCAUUCAGGCCUUGUCGUCCGUUUUAUCCCCUCUUCCUCUUUUCUUUUUCUCUUCCUUUGCAGUGUUUCCCUCCGUCUACGCCCUUGGUUGCUUGAGUGUUUUAUUUGACGGCGAGAAACGGCCGAACAAGAUCUCUAUCUCUUCUUUCUCUCACCUGUUCCCUCUCCACGUUCCGAUUAUACACCCGCUCUUCCUUCUCCUCCUCCUCCUCCUCCUCCUCCUUCUUCUUCUUCUUCUUCUCCUCCCCUUCUGCUCUCUUCUUCCCGGUUGAUCUACUGCGUUCCUCCGGCACCAUUCCUCUUUCUACUCGCCUCUCACAUGAUUUCCUUCCCCCACUGUGUCAGAGACGGGGCUCCCGGACGCCGACUCUUCCCUGAUUGAGCCUAGCGGGUCUUUCCAUACCG